AUGAGAGAUUUGUCUAAUCAAACAAAGCCAUUCAAUAACGUACCAAAUGAAGCAUUUCUUACAUUUGUAGAUAAUCAAAGAAGUUAUAUUAUUCUACUGGAACAUUUAAUUGAUUCCGUACAUCAGUUUUCCACGCGACAUAUUAUAGUGUAUGGAAUUGAUGUUGAUCUCGAUAUAGAUAUAAAGAAAUAUCCACGUUUAAUUAUACGACGUCUGAAUAGAACAGGUUGUAGUCAUUCGAUAUAUUUUUGUAAAAUUUAUGCUAUAGUUGAAAGUAAAUUGGAUUAUGGUAUACAUCUUGAUGCUGAUAGUUUGGUUAAUUGGAAUAUUGAUAUUCUGUUUGAUGUUGUUCAUCGAUGGCCAUAUGAUUAUCCACUUGCACCUCGACACCCUGGAUCUCAAUUAAAUUACAAUUCGUUUUUAAAAUUAUUUAAACUUGAGUUUAAAGAUCGCACUACACCUUAUGUCCAUGCACAAUUCUCAUGGAACUAUCGAGUAUAUCCAUUUUUUCAAAAAGCACUUCGAUUAAUGCAAGACCGACAAUUUCUAGGAGCUAAUUAUGAUGAGUCAGGUAUUAAUAUACUCUUAUGGAAAGCUAAAGCUACAUAUACAUUAUGCAAAGUUGAUCCACAUUAUUCUUAUGUAUCAGAUUAUAUAUCACAAAAGACAACGUGUGGAAAACAAUGUUUGAAUGCAUUCUUUAUUGUUCAUGGCCUGAGGGAUAAAAAAGAAAUGCGUAAUAUACUUAAACAGAUAAAAAAUCAUACUGGAUUACCAUAUAUUCAAACAAACACCGAAGGAUUUCAUUAUCUGAAUGAAACAAAGUAUACAUGUUGUCAUCCAGAUAGUAAACCAUCAUCAAUUCAUCCGCUUAUUUGUGAAUAUCCACCACGGAAUACUUCAUAUUAA